UGAGAUAGCUAGUACAAAUUCAAAUCGGGAAGCAUUUAAGUGUAUGCAGUAGAAGUUAUUAAACGUGAUUUAUUAAUUUUAUAAUGGGCGAUGUCGUGGAAAGUAAGCCAGUAUUGUAUUCAUACUGGCGAAGCUCAUGUUCUUGGCGGGUGCGUAUCGCGCUCAACUUGAAAGAGAUACCUUAUGACAUCAAGGCAGUUAGCCUCAUCAAGGGUGGAGGAGAACAGCACUGCAAUGAGUACCGCGAAGUCAACCCUAUGGAGCAAGUCCCAUCUCUUUGUAUUGAUGGGCAUACACUUGUCGAAUCUCUCAAUAUUAUGCAUUAUCUGGAAGAGACCAGACCAAAUCAGAGGCCUUUGAUGCCUCAGGACUGCUUCAAACGGGCCAAAGUCCGUGAGAUCUGUGAGGUAAUAUCCUCAGGUAUUCAGCCUCUUCAGAACCUGAUAGUCCUCAUCUAUGUAGGUGAGGAGAAGAAGAAGGAAUGGGCCCAGCACUGGAUUACUAGGGGAUUUAGAGCUGUAGAGAAGCUGCUCUCUGCAUGCGCUGGAAAGUAUUGUGUAGGCGAUGAGAUCACACUGGCUGACUGCUGUCUUGUGCCUCAAGUUUUCAAUGCUAGGAGAUUUCAUGUGGAUCUGCGUCCUUUCCCAAUUAUUCUCCGCAUCGACCGUGAGCUGGAAAACCAUCCCGCGUUCCGUGCAGCUCAUCCCUCCUCACAGCCCGACUGCCCGCCAGAGGUCGCUAAAUGAGCCCGAAACAGUGCCACGUCCACAAAUUGGCCGCAUACUUCUUCAAGUUCGCUAUUACAGCGCUACGUUUGAAAUUUGAAUUUCGAAUAACAUCUUGGAAACAUUGAAAUUGGAAUAAAUGUUGCCAAUAUUCGGUAAUCAAGGCAAAAUAGAGAAAAAAUAUUGAGUGCCAUUAUAAAAUUAUGAUAUUCGAAAUGUUACUAAACCGAAAUGCAAUAUAUAAAAGGGUAUUUAAAUUAGGAAUAAUAUACUCACAAAAAUUGUAAUAAUAUGCGUAUAUAAAUAACCAAUUUGUGGACAUGGUAUGCUAAUGGAAACUUGAGAUUUCAUUCCGUUUUUUCUAGAUUUUUGCAUUUUUAUACAAAACUUAAUAUUAUUUUUGUUUACCCAGGUUAGACUUAAGCUUU